AUGGAUAUCAUUUAUGAACUCGAUGAUGUUCGAUAUGAAUUAGAUUAUUGCGCUAGAAAAGUAGAAGCUAGUAAAAUGAUUAAUAUCAAUGAUUUAAUUAUUCUACUUGGAUACAUAGUGGAGAAUGUUGAAUUAUCUAAUCCAGACAAACUCUCAUUAGGAACACUGGAAAAACUCGUAGAAGUAGGAAAAAUGACUGAAAAUAUAGAAGUAUCAUUAGCUAUUAUAAAAAUAUUUAAGUUUAUCGACAUGUCUAAAUUUAGCGACAUAGAAGAAACAUUAGAUGAAAUAUUACCAACAAUACCCUUUGAUCAACGAAAAUUAAUUGAAGAUCUGAGUAGAAAGUUGAUUUUACGAGAACAUCCAAGUUUACUAAAAUAUUUUUAUCGAAUAUUGAUUGAAAACGAAGAUAAACAAGCAAGAGAUGACACAUUGAAAAUUUUACAACAAUGUACAGUUAAUGAUCUUGCAUAUAUUAGUGACGCUAUUCGAUUAGAAAACAAGUGUUUUAGCGAUGAUUCGAGUAUAGUUGAUGAUUGUUUAGAAUAUGUUAAAAAGAAAAAUAGACUCACAUUAAAUUGUUUUGAAAAGUUAACGAAAUAUUUUCAUGUGAAUGAAAAACUUGAACUGAUCAUCGAAAUUAUUGAACUAGAAAUACAGACUUUACCAAAAUUUUUCAUUGAAAAAUGUCAUGAUUACAUAGGAUCAUCAUUAUUAGACACGUCUACAGCUAAGAACAUAAUUUGGUUAAGUAAAUCGUUAGUUAAGACUAAACAAAUGAGUCUGAAAAAUAUUCCGAACAUUGACGAAUUCAUUUUACAACAUCAAUCAAAUUUUGGUAACGAUAUUUUCGAUUUAUUAUACGCCGAAUAUCAAAAUGGAUAUGAUAUUUCAAAAUCUAUUCUUGAUCGACUUAACGCUUCCGAAAACAACAAUAAUUAUGCACGACAUUUAAUUAAUUCAAUAGAUAAAACUUUCGAAAAUUUAGAUUUAUUGGAAAAUUCGCGGAAUGAUUUAAAAAUACGAAAAACUGCUUUGGAAAAUAUGAUCAAAGAACAAAAUUAUACAUUAGAUACUGUCAAUAUAUUACAAUCAUUAAUCAAAUAUGAUAUCGAUUUAAGAAGCGAUGCCUUCAAAGUAUUGAUUAAAAUAUUGCCACACGAUUUUAGUAAAACAAAUGAUUUUAAAAUUGAUUGGGUUGAAAUUGGAAGAUCUAUUGAACAUGAUCAUACUAUUUCCAUUGAUGACAUAGCUCAAUUUAUAGACAAAGAUCAACAAAAUGAAAAUUUAGUAGCAUUUCUGCCGAUGAUAAUAGAUCGAAUUCAAAAUCACGAUGUUUGUGUUGACGAAACUUCUAAACAAGCAUUGGCAUUAUUAAUUAAAAUAUCCAACGUAAAACAAAAUGAAAACUUACUUUCCAAUAAAUUACCAUAUCUCUUGGAAGUUGCUUUUCGCACAAUACAUGAUGAAGUUCGAGAGAGUAUUGUGAAAAUGAUCAGAAGCUCAAUAAUUGAAUGUGAUCAAAAUGACAUACAAAUUUUAAAAUAUAAAAGUGAUGGUACUACGAUUGAAUCCUUUUUACCGGAUGAAUUAUGCAAACUUGAAUGCUGUCGUCAAAUAUUAGAGUUUGAUACAAAUGCAUUAGAAAAUUUAAGGAAAACUGUUCAAGAAGGAUAUGUCAUCAGUGAUAAGAAAAUCGAAUGUUUAAUUGACGUCUUGACAAAUACUAAUGAACAUGACCAGAACUUAGAUGUGCGUUCUAAGAUAAGUGAAAUAUUAUUUGAAAUAAAUCUUAAACAAGGUCUAACAAAUACAAACAUCAAUCGAAUAACAGAACAUACAGAACUACUAAAAUCGGUUAUGGUUAUCGGAAUUUUAGCUGUUUGUUUAAGUCGUAACAUGGAAUUGUCAGAUAAAAUUAUAAAUCAACUUUGGAAACAACUAUUAUUAAUUGAUGAAGAAAAAGAUGAAAAAUUAAAGAAGUAUUUAAUUUAUGCAACAGUAAAAAUUGCUACUCAAAAGAAAAAUGUACCAAUGAAAGUCUUGGAAAAAUGUGCAAUACUUUUAGAACAAAAAACAGAAACUAUUGAAGUAAGAAUUCUUUGUGCUCGUAUAUUAUCAAAAGAAAUUCAACAACAUUCUUCUCAAAUAUCUCGAGAAACAACAAUUAUUGAUUCAUUAAAAUGUCGUACAUUAGAAAUAGAAGAUAAUCAAGAUUUUCUCUUAAAUAAACUUCUAUUUGAGAGUUUAGAAAAAUUUAUUGAAGAAAAUCCGUCAGAUAAUGAUUGGUUACAAAUAUAUUAUAACAAACUUAAAAAACGACUUGGUGUUCAUCCUGAUGAAUUAAAACCAGUAGAUGAAUUUAUUUCAUCCAAUUAUACGAAUGCUACUGAUUGUAAUAAUUUGGAAAAAUUUCGUUUAUUAUGUGCAUUAAACAACACCGUCUUCAAUCGGAAAAAAAUUGAUACGAAUAUUUUUCAUGAAUUUCAUAGAAAACAAUGGCGAAAAGAAAUCUUAUGUAGUGAAUUAUUAGUUGAAACAUUCAAAAUGACUUCCGUUGCUGGUGUAGAUGUAUUUGAAUUAGAAAAUUUUCGUAAAUAUAUCCAUUUAUUAAAUACAUAUAUCCUUACGCAAGAUCAAAACGUUUAUUCAAUUGAAAGUUUAUUACAAUCACUAAUCGAAAAACAAAUUCUAUGUCAAUUUCGUCUUGAAAUAUUAAAUGAUGUUUUAUUAAUGUUAAUUGAAUCAAAUAAAAUAAAAGCAUGGGAUAUUGUGAUGAAAGAUUGUAAUUUUCAAAUUUGUUUGAUUGAAUUACGUGAAUUAUGGUUAAAGAAACAACUGAAACAAUUUGAUAUUGCAUUUCAUAUUGAACAAUUAAGAGAACUGAAUCAAUAUUUACCAUACAGAAUAAGUAUAAUUAAUUUUGUUUUAUGUCAAUUAAUAGAAGAUCCAAAUAUUGAUGAAUUAAUUCAGUUUUUUAUUCAACUAUUUAAUUGUAGUUUAACAAUAGAAAGCAAGGAAUACUUUUUGACAAAUAAAAUAUCCAAUAAAAUUAAUUUAAAGAAUUUAAAAUUGAAAUUAAAUGAACAAUUUAUUCAAAUACUAUUAUCGAAGAAAUUUCCAUCUUAUGCACAAUAUUUUCAUGAUAGUCAAAAUUAUCAUUUUAGAAGAAAAAAAACAUCGGUUGAACAAAAUGCAUACAAUCAAGCAGAAACAACAUAUUGGUAUAAGGCAGAAGAUAUAGCAAUAAUAUCAAUGGAAUGGAUGAAAGAAUUUUAUGGAACAAAAUUUCGAAUUACUCAAGCAUUAGGAAAACAAGAAGACAGAAAUUUAUCGAGAAUUCUAUGUGAUGUUUUAACUGAAUAUAAGCAAGAUCAUAGAUCAACGAUUAUUCCAUUGAAUAUUGCCCAUAAUCAUUGGGUUACUUUAGCAUUAAUAUACAAUGAAAAGAACAAAGAAAAUAUUGCAUUAUACAAAGAUUCGAUGGGUGAACAUCAUUCCAUUGUAGAACGAAUAGAAAUACAAAAUAUUCUUACUAAUCAGUUAGAAAACAUGAAUUUCAAAUUUCAUCGAUCUUGUGAUCAAUUUGAUGAUUAUAAUUGCGGAGUAUUUACUCUUGCAAAUAUGAAAUCUAUGGCAGAGAACUUAUCUAAACAAAAACAGAAAUUAUUUAUUGAUAAUUUUGAAAAAUGGAAUUUUGUUACACAAAAACAAGCGAUCGAACUUCGUCAUAAACAAUUCCCGAAAAUGUAUGUAUUAAGUUUAUUUCAAUCGUACAAACGAAGAAAAAUUGCCAAUUAUCAUUCUAUUGAAUUGAAAUUGAUCAAAGAUUUACUAGAAGAAAAUAAACAUGUAACAUAUCCAAUAACAAUUGACGAAACCGAAAAAUUUGAAAAUGGAUUACGUAUAUCAAUUUGUUUAUCACAAGAAGAAAAUUUAAUCAAUCAAAAUAAUUAUGAAUAUUUGUACGGAAUUGAAGCAUCAGCAAUAAUACAAGGUAAUGAAAUCGAUUUUCGUCAAGAUAGUAAACUAAAGGAAGAUAUUAAACGUAUAUUGAAAAUCAACGAAAUUUAUAGUACGGAAAAGAAUAGAAUGAAAAUAUUAGAUCGACAAUUGAUUGGAAUCAAAAAAGAGAAAAAAAGAAAAUUAAAUCCAGAUAAUGAAUUAAUAAAUCAAAUAUCAGAUGAUGAAAUUGAAGAAAUUUUAAAUCAAGUUUGUGUGGAAAUCAAUUCAACAAAUAACCAAAUUCUAUGUAUGAAUUUAGGUUUAAAUAGAAUAAAUAAUCAAAUAAUUGACAUCAACAAAUGUGAAAUAAUAAAGAAAUUACAUGGAAAAUUGAUUAAAAUUUUACAUUCAGGUUGGACACUCAAAUCAAUACAACAAAUAAUUAAUCAUAUUGAUUUGAAAAAAGAUAUCAAACGUUUAUUUGAUGCAUUAGAUCCAAUUUAUGAAUAUCGUUUAAAAGAAUUUGAUAAUAAUAUUAAAGGAAAGACGCUAAUUGAUAUUUUAACAUCUAUUUUUCCAGAAGAUUUAACUGAACAAAUACAUGAUUUAGCUAUAUUUCAAACAUUUGAACGUUCUUAUGAUAAAAACUUUAAACAAUUAAUAGAAGAAAUAUUAUAUUUAAAUCGAAAUCAAACAAUAUCAUUUAUUGGCGAGAAAAAAAUUACAGAAGAAUAUAAAAAUAUUCAAAUUACUUAUCUAAGUAAAUCUGUACUAUAUCCAAAUUCUAAUUGCAUUCAAAAAUGGUCAACAUCAGACAUACAACAAUGGACAGAAGAGGUAAAAAAAUCAUCGAAUUCCGUUAGUCAUCAUGAAAAAAUUGCCGUUGUAAUGAAAGCAGUCGAAAUUACGAGCAAAUUUCCUGUAAGAGAAAUUCAGUUAUUAUCACUGUUGAUAUUGAUAAAUUCUGAACACAGUACUGGACGUCUCGUACAAAUCAAUACUGGAGAAGGAAAAACAACAAUUGUGGCCAUGCUAGCUGCAAUUAAAGCUCUUGAAGGACAUCAAGUAGAUGUUGUUACGAGUUCACCUGAAUUAGCUAAACCACAAUCGAUACAAUUAAAAGAAUUUUAUCAACAAUUCAAUUUAACUGUAUCUCACAAUGGAAAAGAUUUAGUAGAUAUCAAAAUACGAUACACAGCUGAUAUUGUUUAUGGUGCAGCAAGUGACUUUCAAGGUGAUAUCUUACGUGAUGAAUAUAGUAAAUUAGGUACUCGAAAUGGUCGAAAAUGUGAUGUGGCAAUUGUUGAUGAAGUUGAUUCAAUGUUAAUUGAUGACAGAAAUCACAUUGUGAUGUUAUCGUCUCAAAUGCCGGCAAUGGAUCAUUUAGAACCACUUUUAGCAGCGAUUUGGAUUCAGAUUGGAGAAGUUGCCAAAUAUAUUGAAGAAACUAAUGGUAAAACCUAUUUCAUUCAACAACCAGAUAUAUUUGAUAAUAGGGGUGAAGUUAGAUUUGAUAUUGCCGCACAAGCUGUUGAAAUUAAAGAAUCAAAAGAAGAUUUUAUCAAAAAGUGUACAGAAAAACAUCUAAGGAAAUUAAUUCGAGAUAUCGGUCAAAAAAUACCAGAGAAAUAUCCCGAAAUUAAAAUUCCGAAACAUUUAAGAGAAUUAGUACUUGAAUGUCAACUUACAAAAUGGAUUGAUAGUGCAAUUCAUGCAAAAUAUCGAUGUCACAAUCAACAACAUUAUCUUCUCAGAAAUGGAAAGAUUGUACCAGUUGAUGCAAGUAAUACAGGAAUUAUUCAAGCAAAUAUGCAUUGGAGUAAUGGAUUACAUCAAUUUUUACAGAUUAAACAUGGUGCUAAAAUUUGUGCCGAAAGUUUAACAACGAAUUUUAUCUCAAAUGUAACUUAUUUCAGACGAUAUGGUUCGAAUCUUUUUGGAUUAACAGGUACACUUGGUAGUAAAGCUGCUCAAAAACUAUUAAGUAAAAUUUAUAACGUAGACAAUGUUAUUAUUCCACCGUUUAGAAAAAAACAAUAUCAGGAAUUAACACCAAUUAUUGUGAAUAAUGAAGAUGAUUGGUAUGAGAAUAUUAUUGAAAGUUCAAUGAAUAAACUCAAUAAUGGACGAGGUGUAUUAAUAAUUACAAAAUAUAUCAAAGAAGUGGAUGAAAUUAAAAAUCGAUUGAUUAAGUCGGGUUAUGAUCAAUCAAAAAUAAAAACAUAUAGAACGGGAGAUGAAUCGAAAAUUCUCGAAGAAGAAUUGACAUCUGGUGAAAUCAUUAUUGCCACAAAUAUUGCUGGCAGAGGAACAGAUAUUCGAGCAGAUAAAAUUGAAAAAUAUGGUGGAUUACAUGUUUUGGUUACAUUUUUACCACCAAAUGAACGAGUUGAACAACAAAAUGUUGGUCGAACAUCAAGAACAGGAAAUAAAGGCACUGGUCAAUUUAUUUUAUUACAACAAUAUGAAAAUGAUUAUUUGAAUUUAAAAACAAUUCGAGAUAAACAGGAAGAAAUUGAGAUAUGUAAAGCAGAAAUACAAAUAGAUGAAGUAACAAUUAAAGAUGCAGUAUUUGAAGAAUUUUGUAAGUUACUUACAAAGAUUAAUGGAAAUGAUGAUACACAAACAAAAGAAAAUAAAAUAAAACUACGUGCCGUUGAAGAUAGAUUUGGUAUUUGGUUAAAAAUGCAAGAGUCAACAAAAAGAAUAACAAAAAAAGAGAUGCUGCGGAAAUUUAAGGUAUUUGAAGAAGAAAUUUUGAUCGAUAAUGCAAACAAUGAUUUAAUUAGAAAUCCAUAUUUUCAUGUUUUAAUUGGAAAUGAAUGUCUAAAGAAAAAAGAUGCAGGAAAAAAUCAAGAUGCAAUGAAAGAAUUUACAAAAGCAAUUAAAUUGGAUGAACAUUUCCAAGUUAAUGCUUAUUAUAAUCGUGGAUACGCACGACUUGCUGAAUAUGGAAAAGAUUGUAAGCGAAAUAAAGACGAAAUUGAUGCAGCAAUUAAUGAUUUUAAACGAGCAAAACAAAUCAUCGAAGAGAAUUUGGAACCGAUGUUACAUGUUAUUCAACAAGCAUCAAUUUCUGAAGCUUUAUCUGAACAACUAAGACGUAAAAUGCUUUUAUUCAGUACACAAAAAUAUACAAUUGAAUUAGCAAUUGGAAUUACAACAGAAGAAGUUAAUGAUGAAAAACAAGACUCCAACGAAGAAUCAAGUAAUGACAAAGAUAAAGAAUCACAAGAACAUGGAUGUAUUGGUCAAGCAAGAAAAGAUAAUUAUGAUAUUGAAGUUGAAUAUUUAGAAAUUGAACAAUUAUUACCACGAGAUCAAGACAUCACAUUGUUUAGCGAUGAAAUUGAAGAAUAUAAAAAUAAUGGAUUUUUUGGAUCCUUUAAAAUAAAAGGAUUGAAACCGAUUGAUUGGUCUGCAGUUAUUAUUGUUGCCAGUCUUGGUAUUGCGCAAAUAGUUGCUGGAGCAGCACUUGCUGUAUAUACUGCCGGUAUAGGUAGUGCCAUCGGUACAGCAUUAAUUGCUGAAGGUGUUAGUGAUCUGAUUGUCGUAGUACAACGCGGCAUUAUCAAUCGAGAUUUUGAUUGGAAAUCAUAUGGAAUACAAAAAGCUAUCAGUUUAACUGUAGCUAUUGCAUGUGUCGGAUUUGGUGCAAUGCUAGAUGUAGCAAAAACUGUACUGGCAGGAGCGAGUAGCAUCGGUCAAGUCAUGACGACAACAGUAAAAGCAGGAUGGAUAUUAGCAGCGAAAGCUAUUGCAGCAGGUUUAGCUAAAAGUAUAGCGAAAGAAUUAAUAACACAACUUAUUGAUCAUGGUGUAAGUAAAUCAUUGAUGCCUAUUAUACAAGACGAAGUUAUGAAACGAGUUGAAAAGCCAAUACAAAAUGCUUUAUUAAUCAAUGAUCAAGUGAAAAAAAUGCUCCAAUUAGAUGAAAAAAAUCGAAAUAAUUACUACGAACGUCUAAUCAGACAAAAAGCAAUGGAAUUAUUCCAUUCAACUGAACAACAAAGUGCAUUAAAAACUAUAACUAUUGGUAUAGUUAAAGGUAUUGCUACACAGAAAAUAUCCGGUUUAUCAGCAGUAUUGAAAGCUGUUCAAGUAAAACAAACUUUAGAGGAGUUAGAUAAAUUUGUGCCUAAUUUUAUAGAAAAAUUAAACAAAGCAAUCGAAAAUAUAUAUAAAGAAGGAAAAUUGGAUGAAAAAGAAACUCAAAAUUACAAGACAUCAGAACAACAAAAACAGCACACAACAAGUGAACAAAAAAGCAGGAUACGCAUGAAAGAAGAAGAUACUCAAAAUUAUAUAUUGACUUAUACUCCAGAAACAUCGAGUAAAGACAUCGACCUUAAAAAUGUACCAGAACCUGAACAAGUCAAUUCUAGAAGAGAAAAUAAAUCUUCUGAUGACUUGUAUAGAGCAUUAGCAAAGAAUGUAUCGCAACAUAUCUGUAAUAUUAUACAACGUAAACUGAUUGUUCUAGUUACCGAUUUUGGUAUUAAUCAUAGUAUGACACUAUUAACUGCAGACUUAGACAGAAGCUUACAAGUUCAAAUUAAUAAUUAUCAAGCAGAAAGAAGAAUAGAAUUUUUUCAAGAUGGUGAUAGAAAUAAUAGAAUAGGAAAAGAAUAUAAAGAAGGUAUGAAGUGCGAAAAAGCAGUAUUUGAGGCGCAUAAGAUGGUAGAUGAAUUGAGAAAUGGCGGAGAAGCUGGAUUACCGCAUUUAGGACGAUUAAGCGAUGUAGCAGGAAGACCAAUAAAAGUAUUAGAUGAGAAAGGACAACUCGUACGCAUUAUUGGCGAAGAUAAACAUGGUGAACCCAUCGAAGUUCAAUAUCAUAAAACAAAUGCAAAUCAUCCUUCUGGACAUUGGACUUUACCUGGAGGAAAAGAACCAACACUUAGUGAUACAGGAAACAAUAAUUGUUUGUUCAACGUUGUCGCACAAGCUACAGGAAAAGAUCCUAAUCAAUUAAGACAAGAUACCGCUAUCAGAAUGGAGAUUGAUAAGGAAAAUCUUGCAAAUCAGGUCCAUGAUAUUAGAAGAUUAGAGCAACAUAAAAGGGAUGCACUAACAUUAGGAGGAUUUAAGCAUCAUCUUGGUGAAGAAAGAUUUGUGUUAGAUGGAUCCCAGGGUGUUAAACCUUAUGGAUCAAACGCAGCAGGACACCCAAACGACCAUGUACGAGGCAACCUGUCACAUGAUAAGAUAGCUGAAAAACCAAGUCAUACAAAUUUCGUUAACAAAAAUGAUCAAACCAAAUGUUUCAGAGAGGGCAUGGAAUACAUCAUUGGAAAUCAACGCUUAUCGCAAGAUCGACAAUUUGUUAAAGCAGAAGUGACAUU